AAAAAAACGAGGAGGCAUCGUUCGCCAAGCAAGCCUGGUAACGCAAGCGAAACCCCAGAACCCCCCUUUCCUUCCCUCCUUUCCGGCGAUCGCCAACGGUUCUUCCGACCUCUCCCGCCGCUUCCGGCGAGCUCGGGCCCUCCCCUCCGCUUCCGAGACAAAUGGACAGUCGGAGGGGCCCAUGUCAAGUCCAUGGUCCUCGACCCCGCGUGCAAUUGGGACCGCCUCCUCCUGCUGGUGGAGGUGCAGGUGCGAGUGGCGCCUUCUAGGCGUUGAGGAGUUCUGUGACGGAGGUGGGGGCAACAUCAGUGUUCCAUAUCAUCUAAGAAGACUCACAAGAUUCUUCCGAAGAUGGUGCACCCACAGUUGCGCGUCCACUUGUCCCGCGCAUUGGCACUGAUGUGCAACACCUUGGUUGAUAUGAGAGUGUUGGACGAGUGCCUAUGUCAGAUAUCUGAAGCAUUGGUAAAGGCAGAUUUCACCACUAAGAUGGUCUCGGAGCUGCAGGUAAAGGUGAAGAAAGCUAUGGAUCCCACAGUAACCGGGAGCAAUCAUAGCAUACAUCAGAUUCUCUGUAAGGAGAUAUGCAAGUUAAUUGAUUCAGGAAGAAAGCCAUCAUUUGUCCCCAAGAAGGGGAUGCCAUGUAUUGUGCUGGUGAUAGGUUUCCAAGACUCUGGUAAAACUACAAGCUGUGCCAAGUUUGCGUAUCAUCAUAAACAGAAAGGAUAUAAACCAUCAUUAGUAUGUGCGGAUACCGGAAGCAGUUCACUUGAUCGGUUAAAGCAGAUAGCACAUGAAGCUAAAAUUCCAGUCUAUGGAAGCAACUUGGGAUCAGAUCCUAUUCAGGUUGCUAUUCAGGGUGUGGAGAAGUUCAAAAAGGAGAACUCGGAUCUCAUUAUCAUUGAUACAAGCGGGAGCUACACAUCUAAAGAUGCAUUUUUUGCUGAAAUACAUAAAAUUGAGAAAGCCACGAACCCACAUUUGAUAGUGCUUGUAGUGGACGCUGCAGAUGGCCAAUUUGCAUUUGAUCUGGCUGGGCCCUUUAUAAGAAAUUGCUCUAUUGGUUCUGCUAUUAUCAGCAAAAUGGACCGCCAUCCAUAUGGAGGCGGUACACUUAGCGCACUUGCUGCAGCAAACUGUCCCGUUAUCUUUUAUGGAACUGGAAAAUCGAUUGAAUCAUUUGAAAUCUUCGACGUGAAGGCCUUCACGAGUAAUCUUCUAGAUUACAAGAGUAGGACUUUCACAAUUGACAUCGAAGAUAUGCAUAAUAUGCUGGACAACUUACAAGUAUCUGAGGUUGAAAGAACAAACGCGGUGCGUCAGAUGGAAAAGGCAUGCUUGAAUGCUUAUCACGCUGUUUUGGAGAAGGAGAGGAUGCUGGCUCAGCAGGUUUCUUCUUCAGAAUCAGAAUACAAUAAAAUUUGUGACAUCCUUGGUGAGAAAGAACUGAAGCAUAGCAAAAUCAAGUCCGUCUCUUCAUUAGAAGAAAGAAAAUAGCUAAUGAUGAUCAGUGUAAAAACCUUGAAGAAGGAAAUGGAUGAAAGAACUAAGAAGGCAAAGCAAAAUAAAUUUGGUAUGCAGUAUGUUAAAAUAUGAGUUACUUACCAUCAACAUCCUACUAGAGUCUAGAGUAGUCUAUAGUGUG